UCUUCACCAUCUCUUCCAUCCCUCCAUAAUAUAAGAAACGAUAUAUGGCAACAAAACCAGGCUACUUAACUCAGUGGCCAUGGCAAAGCCUUGGCAACUUCAAGUACUUGCUGUUGGCUCCAUGGGUGGUGGAUGGAGCUCACAAGGCCAUGAGAGAUGGAUGGGAUGUAGACUUAACAUAUCUAGCCAUCCUCCCCUCUCUUCUCUUCAGAAUGCUUCACAACCAGGUCUGGAUCUCCAUAUCCCGUGUCCAGAAUACGAGGAGCAAACACAGGAUCCUUGACAAAAGCCUCGACUAUGACCAAGUUGACCGUGAGAGAAACUGGGAUGACCAGAUCCUGUUCAAUGGUCUUUUAUUCUACGUGGGUCACAUGUCGAUCACGGAUGCUACCUACCUUCCAAUAUGGAGAAUGGACGGUUGGAUCAUCAUCAUGCUUCUCCAUGCUGGCCCUGUGGAGUUCCUCUACUACUGGUUCCACAGAGCUCUUCACCAUCACUUCCUCUACUCUCGCUAUCACUCUCACCACCAUGCUUCUAUUGUCACUGAGCCCAUCACUUCUGUGAUUCAUCCAUUUGCAGAGCAUGUAGUGUACUACUUUCUCUUCUCUAUUCCAAUGCUGACCUCCAUCUUCACCAAAACAUGCUCCAUUCUUGCUCUUUUGUUCUAUAUAAUGUACAUUGACUUCAUGAACAACAUGGGACAUUGUAACUUUGAGCUUGUCCCUAACUGGUUCUUCAAUGUCUUCCCACCUCUCAAGUAUCUCAUGUACACUCCCUCGUAUCACUCUCUUCAUCAUACUCAGUUUAGAACAAAUUACUGUCUGUUCAUGCCUUUUUAUGACUACAUUUACAACACCAUGGACAAGUCUUCUGAUUGUUUGUAUGAGACUUCCCGCAAAGGAAAAGAAGAAAAAUAUGAUGUCGUUCAUCUAACUCAUCCUACAACCUUGCAAUCUAUUUAUCAUCUUCGUUUUGGUUUCCCUUCCUUGUCUUCAAAACCAUAUGAUUCUAAGUGGUACAUGAUGUUGGUUUGGCCGUUGUCACUCAUAUCAAUGGCAUUUACAUGGAUCUAUGGUUCUUGUUUUACUGUUGAGAGAAACAAACUGAAGAAACUGAUAAUGCAGACAUGGGCAAUACCCAGAUAUUCUUUCCAAUAUGAAUUAUCUUGGGAGAAAGAUGCAAUCAAUCAUCUGAUUGAGAAGGCUAUUCUUCAGGCAGAUUGCAGAGGAGUUAGAGUUUUGAGUCUUGGACUAUUAAAUCAGGGCAGAGAAAUCAAUGGAAACGGUGAAUUGUAUCUGAGGAAACACCCAAAAUUGAAUUUAAAAAUUGUUGAUGGAAGUGGUUUAGCAGCAGCAGUUGUUCUCAGAAGUAUUCCAUCCGGAACAAAGCAAGUACUGCUUGCAGGAACUCUCUCAAAGAUUGGGUGUGCAAUUGCAACAGAACUAUGCAAAAAAGGAAUACAGGUUUCAAUGACAAGCAAGCCUGAUUUUCAUCAUCUGAAGUCAAGAAUGUCGGAAUCAACAGGAAGAUAUUUAACUUUCUCAAGGAAUUAUACUUCUCAGGUUUGGUUGAUAGGAGAAGGAAUUGAUCAUGCAGAGCAAAUGAUGGCACCGAAAGGCACAAUCUUUGCACCUUUCACAAAGUUUCCUUUGAGGAAAGUUCGCAAGGAUUGCACUUACUACUCCACCCCAGCCAUGAAAACCCCAGAUGAGCUUGAGAACAUGCAUUCUUGUGAGAAUUGGCUGCCAAGAAGAGUGAUGAGCGCAUGGCGAGUCGCAGGGAUAAUUCAUGCAUUAGAAGGAUGGAAUGAACAUGAAUGUGGAGACACAAUCCUUGACAUUGAGAAAGUAUGGUCUGCUGCAAUCCUACAUGGAUUCCUCCCUUUAACCCAAUCUUGAUCAGAAAAAAUGAUUGAAACAUUACAAUCAUUUGUUAUCAAAAUAUAUCUAUGUACUAGUUUAAUUUCAGUAUAAUUAAAUGGCAGUAUUAUAAUUAAA